CCCCCUAGUAAAGUAAUAUCUGUAGAAUUUGAGAUCAGUCACACACACACUCUGAAUAAUAUAGAGAUACGUAAAUAAAUUGAGGCUUCUCAAAAUCUCGACGCUGUUAAAUACCCUUCUGCAAAUCCCUUCAUCACUUAUUCUUCUCCAGGCAGUCGACCAGUCGGUUUGUAUUUAUCAAGGUGAGUUCCUUCCUUCAGGUUCAUGUUCAAGUGUGCUCUCUCGUAGGAAAAACCGUUCAAAGUCCUUGAGCUAAAUUCGACCUGCUUCUUUUUUUGUCGCCUUCGUGUCUCAAAAACUGGAUAUUUUUAAAGUUCUCUCUCUCUCUCAGAGAGAAUCUCAAACUUGUUCAGUGUCGUCUUCUUUCUUUGUGCAUUCUAAUAAUUUUUGGGUUCUGGUUUUUUCGAGUGUGCACAACAAUUAAACGGCAAUAAGAUGCAUCGUCGUGAAGUAUUGGUCGUGACCUUCCUCGUGUCAACGCUGUUUGCCUUUUCGGACGCACACACCAUGGGGCUAGGAUCCUGCCCAAGGGUUGAGCCCCUGAAGGACUUUAACAUGGAUAAGUUCCUUGGCGAGUGGUACGUCAUCCAGAAGUUUGCUACGUCGAGUUCAUGCAUGAAGUACAAUUUCACGCAAGGAACGGAUGGGAAACUGAGAUUGGUUCAGACUCGUCAACAUUUUCUGUUGGACACGAUUGGAGUUGAUCACAUUUAUACGUACACCGGUGUUCUCACGAUUCCCGAUAAUGACAGAUCAGCUAGAAUGCGAGUGAAAUUCCCACUGAAUAUUGCCGGCGAAGCCGAUUUCCUCGUCUUCAUGACCGAUUAUUCCAGCUACGCUGGGAUCUUCACGUGCCAAAAGAUCCUCUUCGGUCACACCAAGAGUGCCACGAUUCUGUCGAGAAAACCAACUUUAGACAAGGCAGUCGUUAAUCAGGUCCGACAAAAAUUGGAAGAGGAAGGCGUCGACCCUGACGACUUUAGCGUUGUGGACCAAGAUACCUGCCGCACCAAGGAAGAUUCCAGCCUCAACGUCAAAAUUGACGACAAGACCUUCUCCGCUCAAAACAUUGGUGGCGUUGUCAAAAAGGUUGGCCAAGCCGUCGGCACUGGGAUUGACAAAGCCGGGGAAGUCCUCGGGUCCGGUAUUUCCAAAGCGUCCGACGUGACUGGCGACAUUGUAGAGAGCUUUGCAGACAAAGAGGACAAAAAGACGGCACCCAUCAAAUCCCUUAACGAGCUCUUGGACAAGGCCAAAGUUCAAGAGAAUGAGGCUGAAUGGUUGCCUUAAACUUUGCGUGAUGGUGAUGGGCAUUUUAGAAAUAAUUAGUUAAUUAUUUUCCUUAUUUAAUUGUUGUCCCUCUCUCUCUUUCUCCCGUCGACUUUUGCCCUUUAGCGUAUAUAGUAAUUAUUAUUGUAAUAAUAAUUUUAAUUGUUGAUCAUCAUUGUUAAUUACUACAUACCCACGAACAAACAAAGAAGAAUCUCUGCUGCAAUGUACUCGUACGAUAGAUUUUAAUCCUUGUAAAAACCGAGAGGAGCAAAAAAAAUAAUACAAGACAUGCAUCAUGAAUUUUUUAAA